CGGUUUGAAAAGAGCAGACAAAGGCUUUGAGCUCAGGACGCCCCUCUCUCUCUCUCACUCUGCCUACAAAGCCAACCUAGCUCUAUCUUUCCUGCUUUUCUAUCAUGGAAAUGUUUUUUAAUAUGUGGCGUUAAGUGUGUUGGUUUUAUUUUUUACUUUCUUAUUCUGAAAUGUACGACCGUCUGGAUCCCCGCUCGGCCGAGAGAGGACGGCUUUUUGUAGGUAUAAUACAAGGAAGCGUCGUCUGAGAGAGGGAGAGAGAGGGGGAACGAUUGACGCUUUUUCCUCCUCUCCUCCUCCUUCUUCCUUUCGCCCCCCUCUCCUCCUCUUUUUGGCGGAGAGAGGGGUUGAGGCAGGAAUAAACGCUUUUUUUGUUUUUUUCUUUUUCUUUUUUUAAAAGCAUCUGAAUCCUACUGCGCAACCAGACCGGAUCACGUGGGGUUGGAGAGAGUUGGAUCGAUUUUGCACAGUUCAAUGUGAGAAAAAGAGAGAGAAACAAACAACUCAUUUCUUUUUUUGUACUUCUGUGGAUAGCUGGGACUGUUGAUACUUUUGCAUAAUUGCAAGAGAAGGGUGGUGUUUGAGUGGGUUCUUGUUUUUUUCAGCCUUGGAGGUGUGGAGUAUUAAUUCUUAUAUGCCUGGGGUUUGAAAAACAAUGGAGACGCACAUUUCGUGCCUCUUCCCGGAAAUUUUGGCCAUGAUUUUCAGCUAUCUGGACGUGAGGGACAAAGGCAGGGUAGCCCAAGUGUGUAUCGCUUGGAGGGACGCAUCCUACCACAAGUCAGUGUGGAGGGGGGUGGAGGCCAAGCUGCACCUCCGCCGGGCCAAUCCCUCCCUGUUCCCCAGCCUCCAGGCCAGGGGCAUCCGGAGGGUCCAGAUCCUGUCCCUGCGCCGCAGCUUGAGCUAUGUGAUCCAGGGAAUGCCUAACAUUGAGUCCCUCAAUCUGUCCGGCUGCUACAACCUCACGGAUAACGGGCUGGGUCAUGCAUUUGUGCAGGAGAUCCCAUCACUGAGGGUUUUGAACCUGAGUCUGUGCAAGCAGAUCACAGACUCCAGUCUAGGCAGGAUAGCUCAGUAUCUGAAGAACCUGGAGGUGCUGGAGCUUGGUGGCUGCAGCAACAUCACCAACACUGGGCUUCUGUUGAUAGCCUGGGGCCUCCACAGGCUCAAGAGCCUCAAUCUGAGGUCCUGCAGGCAUGUCUCAGAUGUGGGGAUUGGACAUUUGGCAGGCAUGACCCGCAGCGCAGCGGAGGGCUGCUUGAACCUGGAGUACCUGACUCUCCAGGACUGUCAGAAGCUGACGGACCUGUCACUCAAACACAUUUCCAAGGGGCUGACCAAGCUCCGGGUACUGAACCUGAGCUUCUGCGGGGGGAUCUCAGACGCAGGGAUGAUCCACCUCUCCCACAUGGCCUCCCUGUGGAGCCUCAACCUACGCUCCUGUGACAACAUCAGCGACACAGGGACCAUGCACCUCGCGAUGGGCACCUUAAGGCUCUCCGGGCUUGAUGUUUCCUUCUGCGAUAAGAUAGGGGACCAGACCCUGGCAUACAUUGCCCAGGGGUUGUACCAGCUCAAGUCCCUGUCCCUGUGCUCGUGUCACAUCUCUGACGAUGGGAUAAACCGGAUGGUGAGGCAGAUGCACGAGCUGAGGACCCUGAACAUUGGACAGUGUGUGCGCAUCACGGACAAAGGGCUGGAGCUCAUAGCUGACCACCUGACCCAGCUGGCGGGCAUCGACCUGUAUGGAUGUACCAAGAUCACCAAGAGGGGACUGGAGAGGAUCACACAGCUCCCCUGCCUUAAAGUGUUGAACCUGGGACUCUGGCAGAUGACAGAGAGUGAGAAAGUGAGCGAGUCUGGAUUUGAGACAUUUACAACUAAUCUCCACUACAGCCAUCACGCCUAAAAACAUUUGGCUACCUCGUAUGUGGUUGUUUUCAAAGGGUGUAUUCUGUUAAAAAAAAAAAAACAGAAAGCGAGAAUGAGAGACUGGGAGAAAAUGUGCCUAAAGGGACUGUGUCUGCCCCCUCCCCCAUCCCCUCCCUCCUCCAUGAGCAGAGCUGGAGAAAGGAGACCAGGACACAAUCUAACUACCUUUGUUAAUUUACCCCCAUAAACAGCAACAAUUUCCCAGAGAGAGAAGGAGAGAGAGAAAGGGAAAGCGAGCUGGAAAAUCUAUUCAGAUUUCAAGAGGAUGACGCUUUAUGCAAAAAAAAUAACAAACAAAAAACAUAAACCCGCUUGUGUGCAAGAGAUUUUUUUAUUGUUUGUUUUCUUAAUUUUUUAAGGGUAAAGUCCAACUUUAACACCCUUUAGAGAAGUGUUGUGCUCAAGCUUUGACAAAUAUAAAGGAGACAAGAUUAUCAGCUUACCUUUUGAAGAAAUACCUAUAGUCAUCCUAUAAUAAUACUAUGGAGAUACAGGAUUAUUAUAGCGCUACAGUGUGAGAUAACACAUAAAAAGGUAUGAUCAGGCCAUUAUUUAACACAAUAUACGUCCAUGUAAGUAUGUUAUAGGAAUAAUCGGUAUUUUUUGUAAGGGAUGCCGGUGGAAAUAAAUGUCAGUGGAUGUUGUUCAGAGUGUCGUACUUCAAAUUGAAGUGAUUUCUAUAUCUUAUACCCUUUAUUGAUCGAAACAAAUCAGGGUUUGUCUCAUGGCUUUAUUUUCCCACGUUAAUGUCAACACAGGUCACAUUCAUAUUCAUGUUGCUCUCACCGGUAAGAGAUAGAGAGAAAGAGAGAGGAGGGUAGGGAUAUCUUUUUUCCUCCACUUUUUCUCUCUUCUACCUGAAUAAAAUACCCUGAAUCCAUUUUGAGACAUGCUUAGAAUAAGGAGCAAUCGAUAAUUCUUUUCUUGCUCUCUCUCCAUCUCGGGUUACAAGCGGAAUGCGUCUCUUUCUCUCUCUCCCUCUCCCCAUCUCUCUCUCCGUUUCUUUCACACACACAUUAACACACAUGCACACGCACGCGUGCACACAGAAGCCUGUGUGUGCGCGUUUUAAUGUAAUGCAAUGACCUGCUAGAAAAUUAAUAUACGGAUGUGCGUCCUGCUGAAAAAGCUGUGUGUUUGAAAAUAAAAAAUAUGUACUGUAUAUUAUGUGUUUGUAAAGAAGAAAAAAAUGCAGAAUCCCAAAAUUAAAUUGUUUUAUAUUCUUACGGUUAAAACAAUUAAAGAUAUUUAUAUAAUGAACGAAAA